UCGUUACCUGAGCCAAACCCUCCUGCCAAAACAACUUCCCAUCAAAUCCAAUAUCACUUUGAGAUUCCCUUUUUCUCUUAUUUCUCCCUUCCCGAUAAAAUAUAAUUUAAAAUAAAUAAUUCCAUACCCUAAAAAACAAAAAUAAAAUACACAUUUUUGCCACUGCCAUGUCCAUUUCAUUUUCAUGGCAUCACUCACACCAGGCACACUCUCAAAACUCUUGCAAAACAUAAACAACCCAUCUUCAAAAAUCACCGGCGAUCACCGGUCACCACUUCUUCAAGUCAUUGGCAUUGUCCCACAAGAUGAUGUUUUUGAUUUUGACAACAAAGGAUUUUACUUAAGGGUGUCGGAUUCUUUACAUUCUGCUUAUGUUUCUGUCCAGAAACAAGAUGUUGAGUUAAUCUUGAAUGAUAAGAUUCAGUUGGGUCAGUUCGUGUAUGUCACGCGCCUCGUUUCGGGCUCCCCUGUUCCUGUUCUGUUUGGUUUGAAACCCGUUUCCGCGAAACGGGUUUCGAGUAGUAGUAUUUGUAUUGGUAAUCCUAAAGAUUUGAUUUCUAGUGAUGUGUUGGUUGUUAAGAAAAAAAAUGUCAAGGAAAGUAUUAGUAUUAGUAGUAGUAAUAAUUUAAGAAGUAAUGGGAAGGUAUUUUGUGGGGGUCAAGUGGAAAGUAGGAGGUUAAGUUUAGAUUAUUCUUCUAGGAAAGGGUGGGACCAGAGUCCGGUGCUUACUGCUAGUAAGCACCGAAGGUCCGGUUCUGAAAUUAACGGCGGGUUUGGGGCGAAAUUCGUGGAGCCUUUUUCUCCGGUUUGUCGUACCCCGGUUCGUUCAGUUAGGAAGGCUUCUUCGGUAAAGGAUAUGGUUCUAAAAUCGCCUAAUGUAAAUGUAGCACCUCUUAAAAACAAGAAUGUGAUAGUCUCCGAGAAGCUUAUGAGCAAGCCAAUCAAAAAAGACUUGAAAACAUCAUUUGAUAAUGUUCCUGUACCAAGCCAUCUUACAAAAGUUCCAAUCACUUCUAGAACAUUGUCUGAAGCUAAAAUCUCUUGGGAUUGUGUUUCACCAACUGUUCUUGAACUUGGAAAGGAAGCUAUUUGUCAUAGGAAUCAAGGAUUUUCAUCAGCUGUACACGCUUUAGAAGAAACUUCAGCCAUGGAUAACAUCCUUCAAUGCAUGAGUGUAUUUGCAGAAAUCUGUAAACUUGCUGAGACGUCUAGAAAUCCUCUUGUUGAACAAUUCUUGAAUUUCUAUCAGAAGCUUCAUAAAUCAACUUGUAUAGUCAACACCUUAAUUGACUCAAAGUUAACUAUGGAAAAAUCAAAAGGUCGUCGUAGUAAUAGUUCAAUGUGGGUACAAGCUGCAUUAGAAACUAACCUUGCAAAGUUCACGUUGUUCACAAUGGAAGAAAAUCGAAAGAAUAUACAUGGUGAUGGAAAUUACCAUCUUGUUCUAGAAAACGCUUCAGAGAAAAUCCAAGUGGAGAAUCGGGUACUGGAAAACAAGAAAAGCCCGAGAACCAACGAAUCUGUUACUUCACGAGUGAGAUGUACUAGCCUGAUAACAAAACAAGGAUGUUCUGAAAAGGUAGAAUGGUCGAAAGGAAGUGGCAUUAAAGAAACUGCUAACUUAGGUGAGAAACUGAUUUCUGUAUCACAAAAAUGGUUUUUGGAUUAUUUAGAGGAUUCUUUGAACAAAGGGUUUGGAUUAAAGAAAGGAGAAGAUUCAGGGGUUGCUAUUGGUCUUUUGGGUCAACUUAAAAGGGUUAAUCAGUGGCUCGAUGAUUCAGUUUGUGGGGAUGAUAAGGUGGAGAACUUGAAAAAGAUAUUGUAUCGGUUUUUGCUUGAUCAUGUUCAUGUUCAGAAAGCAGCCAAGUAGUUUAGCUCAGGAUACACAAGACUACUGACUAAAGAUUUUUAGUUGUAGGUCGUGAUUAGCGAUGGUGUGAAGAUAUGUCAUUUCACACCCAUCAAAGCAUUGUUAGGGCUUCGAGAUUGUAAUUUUAACCAAAACUAAUGGAAAGAUAUGUAGGGAAGACGCUAUGAAUGCUGGCUUUUGUUUUCAACAGGUAUGAAACCAAGUUCCUGUUUUGACCA